AUUGUAAGGAAACAAAAUGCAAAAGAAAUCACCUCUAAAAGCUUUUUGGGGGAGAACAUUCAUCAUCAAUAGUUUGUCUGUUUAGGAAAUUAAGUAUGCCGACAAGGUGAAUAGUAAGAUUUUGAACAUGUGAAUUAUUAUCCUGUAAAAACCCUUAAGGCACUUUUUUCAACAUAUGCCUCGGCGUAACAUCUGCGAACCGGAAGCUGAUCUGCACUGGGUUUGUUUACGGAUCAAGCGUGAAUCCCUUGCGUAUUAAGUUCAGUGUGAGAGCCCAAAUUCUAUACCUGCCCAGUCAUAUUUAAUAUUUUCCCCUGCACUUGAUGAACAUGAUUAUGACUGAGAAAUGGUGUUGAACUCAAGUCGAGGGAAAAACUGCUCUUUUAGUAGCAAGGGGACACUUGAUCCACAAUUUUAGCUCCAGUAGUUGUACAGUAAUUCACAGGUAACCAAUAACAUUUGUCCAAAAUUUACUAUACUUAAAGCAUGCAAUAGAAUUAAACAUUAGACUUCAGCUUGUAGCUAGUCAACAACCUGUUUAACUCUUUAAAAUCCGCUACAAUACAUGUUUUACUUUUCAUAUACUGUAUAGUAGAUUUUUUAACGUGCAGUUCGGUUGUAUUCAAUAGCUAUUUUGUUUUUAAAAUUUAUGUACAAAUUUUGCUUCUUAUGUGCAAUACUUUCAUUGAAUCAUUAUUACAUUACUUUUUACUUUUCCUAUACAGUAUUUACAUCGAGAAAAAGGCCAAAUGGCUUGGACUAAUAAACUCGCAUCUUUUUUUUUUUAAAAAUAAAUUAAUGAAACCUACCAAGUACUUGUACUUUAUUAUUGGUUAUCGUGCUGGUACUUGGGAGAGCAACGUAUUCAUUUUUUGUGAAGUAGCACUUGGUGGAACACGUUUACAAAUGAAUCUCACUAUUUAAAGAUUUACAGUUGGGUCUCACUAGUCAGAGCAGAUUGCUUGACUCUCUAAAAGCAGUCGACGCCACCAGAUAACACGAACUCAUUUCACAGGUGUUAUUUCUACAGUCAAUAAUGGCGAGAGGAAGAGCAAGAAGGUACAGCAGGCCGAACCCGUCCAGUUGUGUUUACCGUCAGCUAGCCGUCAGGACUCGCAGUCAGAUGAAGGACAGCAGAAACUUCUUCCAGAAACUUCCACUGGAGGUUUUUCAUCUGAUUCUGGACAACCUAUCUGUGCUAGAGGUGAGUGCAUUGUGCUUAGCGUCCAAGCAGAUGAAUGGAUAUGUCGUGGACUAUAUCAGCACCCUGGCAUGGAAGAGCAAAAUGAUGCACCAAAACUUUCAUAACACCUAUUGCCCUGAGCAAGAAUGUUUCGGCAAACAUUUCAGAAACCUGGGUGUAUUGUUCAAACGAUGCACAAUGUUACUGCCUACAAAGGAGAGGCUGAAAUGUAUCCUCCACAAGUUUUCACAGGUUCCUUGCUUCUUGCAGGAGACUUGCUCAGCACCAAAUUGCAUUGGUUUAUCCAGAUAUGGGGUUUUUCUGCAGACCAUAAUUGCAGGGUGGGAUGAGUUUGAGUGCCAAAGAGUGUUCCAUUUCCUGUGUGAAGUCACCAAUUUGCUGCAUAAAAUUGAGGCAGUCGUUACUACUGGGAAACCUGGCCUGAAAUUCUAUGAAGAGCUGGAGAUCCGCUACUUCUGCCGCAAGGUUCUGCUGGACUUGUCCCCGAACCAGUCAGACUGUCAAUUUUGGCUCCUGCAGCUCCUAAAGCCCUGGCCUUUGGUCAGCCAAGCACACCUCCUGUUAAUCCUAUAUGGGCCACAGCUGACUGAAGGCCCCAUCAGUUGGCAGGAUCUGGUGGAACGGGAGCUGCCUCAGGAUGCUCUGUGGAACCUGGCCAGGGCCAUCCUUUUACUCUUCAACAAACCUGAACUGAAAGACUGGACGUUGCAAACAACCCUAGCAGUCUUUGAGGAGAUCAUUGUCAUCCCUCGGCCAUGGCACUUGGAGAAUAUUGCCCGCCUCUUGGUGGUAUGUGGCAAUAAGUUAUGCUACACUGUCUUGGCAAGCAGGGCCCAAUCUGGACUAAUCAGAGACAUUGCCAAAGUCAUUGUGUACAUUAUUCUGGUCUGUGAAAAGGAUGGCUAUGAGAUGAAUUGGGUGGUGCAUUUGGUACAGCAGCUCCACGUUGGCUUCAGCUCAGAGGUCCAAAAAUUCACUUUCAUCCGCCAUCUCGAACACAUGUUCUCAGACAUUAUCGCCGAGUUUCUUUACAUGUAUGAAGACGGAAAUCGUCCAGAGAACAGGGACGUUUUUACAUCCACAUGUCUCCUCCUGGAUGCGAAUGCUCGAUUUCAUACAAAAUUCCUUCACUUGUUGCUUAAGUAGGAACGAUGCAAAGUGAGUUGCCGGGAGAAUAUUUCACAAAGUACCAUAACUUUGUGUCGGUUACAUUUCAGUGAUGAAUUUGUUUAUUGGCUUGAUGGCGACAUUUCAAAACGAUUUAAUAUUUAUGACAAAGGAAAAUAUUUAUUGGCACAUAUUUAUUUGCAUUGACCCUGUAUGUAAUUAAGGUCUUGAUGCAGUUUGUUCAUGUAUUUAAUGCUGUAUUGAUAGAGCUUGUUCAUAUUGGACUAUUGAUUCCACAGUUGGCGUUUGCCACAAAAAUGUGGUCUGAAAGUUUGGAAUUUAAAGCUGUGUGAUUAAAUGACUGGUUAUGAGAAAAAAAGAGUUUGUGCAAUCUUUAAAAUACGUAGCCAGGCUUUUAUUUCCAUGAUAAACAAUAUGCGUACAGAAAAAAAUUAAGUAUGAAAAUGUAUGAAAAAACAUGUUUACAAAGACUAAGAUGGUACUGAUAUUGUUGCAAACAGGUCAAUAUGUCAUUCAAACUGUAUUUAAGUCCUUUGGUGACUAUUUUAAUUUCAUCCAUAUGAUAAUACUAUAACGUGUUAACGUUUGACAUGAAAAAAAAAGUUUCAUGUAAGCCUAAA